ACCUUCUGCCACUUUCUGACAAGGAGCGGAAGCUGUGUGCCCACCCUCGGCUGGAGAUCUACCAGCAAGACCAGAUCUAUUUCAUGUGCCCACUGGCACGGCAGGGAGAUUUCUAUGUGCCUGAGGUGAAGGAGACAGAGCGGAAAAGCCGGGGGCCUGCGGAGGCCAGUGACACCCAGAUGGAUGGCACAGGAGCUGAUACGAUGAGUGACACAAGUUCUGUGAGCCUGGAGGUGGGUCCUGGCAGCCGGGAGACUUCAGCUACCACACUGUCCCCUGGGGUGAGCAGCCGUGGCUGGGACGACGGUGACACCCGCAGUGAGCACAGCUAUAGCGAGUCAGGCGCCAGUGGCUCUUCCUUUGAGGAGCUGGACCUGGAAGGCGAGGGACCCCUGGGGGAGCCAAGGCUGAGCCUUGAGGCUGAGCCCCUUGGGGCUUCCAAGUGGCCCCGGGAACCUAGUACUCCUGAGAAGGGUGAGGAGUAGCCCUAGGCCUGCACCCUCCUGGGGUGCAUUUGCUAAGGAACUGAGAACUCCAGUCCUCUUCCUCCUUCACCUCUCAGGCCCAGGCUGGGACCAGGGGUCUCGGGGGGACCUGAUUUCCACUGCCCCGGGCCCUAGCUAAGCCUUCUUACUGGCCUCUCGGCUCCCAGGGCCAAAGGAGCCAGGGACUGUAUUCUGCACCCAGACCCCGGGGCUACCGCCCCUCUGACAUGUUUUUUCAGAGUCACAUUGGAGCUUCCAGGACUCAGAAUAAAGCAAAAGAUUUUCUCGUUUCACCUGGA